AUUGUUUUACGGAGCCUGGAUACUGCGACGACGGAGUGGCGGUUGGGAAGCCCGAGGGGCGUGCGACCCAAGAUGGUCGCGUGGCAACGGCGCUUAUCGAUCGGCCGACGGACUGUACAUAUCGGCCGCCGCCGCUCACAUGCAAGACGACGUGCACAAGGCUAACGCCUCAAACCGAGUCGCGUUGCACAUGCGGCGCGCACGGCUGUCGCGGUCCGUCCGUUAAUUGUUCGCAUUUAAUUGGCAAAUACAAACGCAAUUAAACUUAAUGUGAACGUGAUCAGUUAAUCGUUGACUCGGUCGGAUAUUAACUAGUCAGACCAAUUUCCGUUAUACGAGUGGAGUAUGACGUACGCCGUAGUUGAGCGACAACUGUAAACUGAGACCGAUAGCUUUAGGAGAUUUUUGCAAUCAUGUCGGGUGGAAAGAAAAAAACACAAUGUGUGGAAGUGUGGGAAGAAGCUGGUUCAGAGUUUUAUCAAGAGAGUUACCCUGGUAUGGAAGUGGACCUGGAGACUUUCCAAAAGUACCCCAACAAGCUCUCUACGCUUCUGCCUAGCAACAAAACCAGAACCGCCAGAAAAAAAAUCAACAACGACCCGAACUGUUAUCAAGCGAUGUCACCGUUGAAACCUCCCCCUGAAUUUGGCGGUACUCUUUACCCCAACACCGUUGGAGUCAACAAUGAUAUUCAAAUAUCUCUGAUGCCCGAUUUGUCCGAGAACUUGUCAAAUGAAGAAUUGAUAUGGGAAGAAAUCAUGAAGAUCAAAACAUUACCGAUCAGUAUGGCGCACAAAAAAGAACUCAAGGCAAAAUUAAAAAGCGCCGAUGCGUUCAGGUUGCAAGGAUUUCAACGGUUGAGGUGGCAAAAGCGUAAGAUGUGCCUGUGGAUGAAGACCAAGUGGAACAAGUACUGUGGGAUGUUCAAUAUGUGGAGCUCGAGUCUGCACAAGAUUGAAGGUCAUUGUGGCACAGGAGUAGUUCAAUUGUUCGUGUUCAUUAAACUUUUGAUUUUCAUAAACGCCAUUACCGCGGCGGUCGUGUUGGCUGCUGUAGUGGUGCCGUCCGUAUAUUGGUCCGAGUGGCGGACACGGCCUAUUAGCAAUCGAACGGUCGAUCCGUGGGACGAGUGCGGGUCGAGCAAUGGAAGUGCGUCCAUCGAGUGUUGCAGCGCUAUUUAUGAGAACGCCACAAGAACAGCGGCUGUCGCUGCCGGCAAGGGCAGUGCGAGGUUGACCGCUCAAUACGUUCUGGACGUAGUGCGAGGUGCCGGAUGGGUAGAGAGUACGGCCGCAUACUACGGCUACUAUUCGGCUAGACAGCGGUUUGACGUACCGCCUCCACCGGCCGACAGGCUGUUCACGUAUCGAGCGCCAAUGGCGUACGUGUGCUGCACAAUAUUCCACCUGUUCAUUACGUUAGUCCUACUUCUACGAAAAUCUAUCGGUGGCUUAAGGCAGCGCAUGGUUGAGACCCAGUGCCGAUACUAUCUGUACGCUAACGCAGUGUUUUCUGGUUGGGACUUUUGCAUAAAUAAUCAGAUAUCGGCCGAAUUCAAGCGCAAAGCCAUCGCUAACGAACUACGUUCUUAUUUGGCGUCUUCGUCGUCGGCUAUUCGUUACCGUCGCCGUCGCAAUCGACAGGCUCUCGAUGAAGACGAUGAAGUAGCAAAGCGACGAAUAACAGGUGCAGUUGUCAGCACGUUUACGUGGUCGGUAGCUGUCGGCUUGAUCGCCGCUGCUUGCUAUUCCGUUUACCUUAUUUUUAACUACACCGUCAAGUCGUUGCAGAGACGCGAACAGCCGCACACGCUACUCUGGACCCUGUUGUUGGAAUUCGCUACACCCGUGACCAUAACGCUUUACAACGUGGUAUUGCCUGUCAUAUUUGACGUGUUGGCGAGGUUAGAGAACAGGCCAACGGUAGACGAUCAGGACACUCGGUCGUCUAUGUUACGUAUUCUCGCGGUGAAAGUUUCCCUAUUAGCCGUAUUACUGGGUUCAGUGUACAGACUGAUAAACUGUGUACGAGAGAAGUCGCAAUGCGCUAGCGCUCUGUGCAAUUCGCCUCUGUGCUGGGAAACGUACUUCGGAACGCUCAUGUACCGAUUACUGAUUGUGGACGUGGCCGUCAAAAUCGGUAUCACCGUAAUAAUCAGCUGUCCCCGGUCGAUUUUGGUCCGGCAUUUUAAGAACAACUUGUUCCAGGCCGUCUGCAAGCAAGAGCUCACCCUUGCCAAACACGUUUUGGAUGUCGUUUACGUGCAAAUCAUUGUCUGGCUAGGCACGUUCUACGCACCGAUGUUGCCAGCUUUGGGCCUGGUCUCUUUGGUCAUAAUGUUCUACAUCAAGCGGUUCAGUUGUGUGGUCAAUCACAGCCUGGCGCACAAGGUGUACGGACCGUCUCGCACCCACACGGCCGUCAUGUCGGUGCUGUUGGUGUCGUUUUCGGCCUGUGCAGCUAUUUGGGCCACAAUCACCACACAGAUAACGCCGUCCAGAUCGUGCGGUCCAUUCAAAGGAUUGCCGUCCGUGUGGGCAGCUAUCGCUGAGCUGACAGACGCCGUGCCACCAGAGGUUUAUGAAGCGGUCGAUGUCAUAACAUCGACGAACGUAAUGGUGCCUAUCCUUAUAACUCUUCUGGGUGUCGUCUAUUAUCACCGUUGCAUCACCGACGCAAACAAAAAAAUGAUUGUCGUUCUUCGCAAACAAUUGGUGCUAGAAGGACACGAUAAACAAUUUUUGUUGAAUCGGUUGAGCGCUUUUCUCAAGAAACAAGAUAGGAAGGGUAGGCCUAUUACUGCUUCAGACAACAUCACGGAAAUUGACGUGUUGAUAACUUGAUGUUGAUAAAAUGAUAAUAUAAAAUAAAUAUAUUACAUUGAUUAAAUAUAUAAUUUUUUGGAAAACUCGUAUUAUUUUUUUAACUAACCAAACAGGCCUUUGAUGGAAAAAGCUGUGAUAGAAAACUAAGCCCUUUCACCAAUGGGCAAAAAUGUCGUCUGCCAUGAUAACAAUUAAUAUUUCCAUCAAAUAUUCAGACGUACCAAUAAGGCAGAGCAUUGAUAUCACUUACUAAGGUUGUUUAAUAAAUUAAAUUUGUACUUAUUGUAAUUCAUAUUUCACCAUUCUCAAACUUUGGCUCAUUUAUAUUUAUCAUUAUUAAUACUAUUUUGUUAAUACAUAUAUUAUCUAUAUUUUUAAUAUUUUAAUUUAUUAUAUUGUUUAAGAGCUUUCAUUAUAAUUAUUUGUAACAAGUACCUUAAAAGUCUAUGAGCUUAUAGGUGGAUAUUUUUAUGUUAUAAAAUUUAAAUUAUUUGUUGGACGUUUAUCGAUUUUCUAU